AUGGAGAACGCAGAGGCCGCGUCAAAACGCGAAGGCGGCAUUGAUGAAGAGAAGAUCAAUCUGAGCGGAAAUGAAAGUGAGAGGGAGUUAGUGGGGCCAAGCCGUUACUUCGCCGAUUCUGGGGGCUGGCUGGGGUUGGCAAAGAGCCCGAGCAAGGGGCGGUAUCUCGUAGCCCGUCGCCCCAUCCCAGCCGGGCAGGACCUCCUCUUUGCGGAGCCGUACGGGGUGGGCGUGCACGAGAGUCACAAGAAGCGGUUCUGCCAGGGCUGCUACCGCUUCACCCACCUCCCACUUGCCAGCACCCAGGCGGACGAGCCGCCUAGCGAGGGUCACCCCGACGGCGCCACCAUGGCAGCGGACGCAUCAACACAACCUCAGACGGGUGCUUGCGCAGACGUCAGCCAGGCGCAGCCAACGAGCCUGACCGACCAGGUCGUCCACGACGACGGAGCGCCGGACGUCACGACUUCGACAGCGACUGCAGCAGAGGAAAAGAAGCAGCAGCAGCAGCAGCAGCAGAAGGAUCGACUGCAUCCGCUUCAGUGCCCCGGCCUUGCCUUCCUGGCCUCGUGCAAGCUGACCAAGGACGACAAGACGGUGGUGCGGGUGCUGCUCCACGUCCUGGCGCGACGGGAGCUGGAGGCGAUCGACGGACCACCACCGGCUGGCGGCGUUUCGGGCAAGCCUCGAUUCGCGGACUUCCUGUGCCUCGUUGCCAACGUGCCCUCGCUCGCCAUCUCGCCCGACCGAUACAAAGGCGACAUGGAGGUGGUGCGAUACGUGGAAAAGAUGCUGGCCAGCUGCUCGCUCGCGCACAAGUACACCUCGCAGGAGCUCAUGGAGUACAUCUCCAAAAUUGAGAGCAACACGUUUGGGAUGUGGAGCGACAAGCUGGUGUCGAUGGGAAUGGUACUCUAUGCGGAGGGGUCCUACUUCAACCACAGCUGCGCGCCCAACUGCGGCACGCGCACGGGCGAGGGGCAGGCGGUCCAGUUCGUGGCCACCCACGACAUCCCGGCGGGCGAUGAGGUCUGCAUCCGCUACAUUGAUGUCGACAAGCCCACCACAUCACGGCGCAGCGAACUCCUCUCACACUACCACUUCACCUGCAUGUGCCCACUGUGUUGCGCCGACUCAUCUUCGUCUUCGUCAUCGGCUUCUUCGUCUUCGGCCAAGACGAAACACUCACACCACCCUGCGCGACCAGGCAAGGUGGGCAAGAAGGGCAAGAAGGUGAAGGCCGCCAGAAAGGGCAAAUAA